UUCUCAACAAACUUUUGGGAAGUCACAAGCAUGAUGGACUCAUCACCCAUAACGUGAACCGUAUGUUUCCUUUUGCUCACCGCAAUCACAUACUAUAUACCGAUCGAGGCUGUCAUCUUCUUACACUUGGUAUCAUCACAUUGCGGCAAAUCAAUUCAAGAUUCACCAGUUUUUGUAGUGAUACGUAAAAAUCAAAGCAGCUAUAUCACUGGGAAAACAAUGAGGCCCGCCGCACCACAUCCGCCCUCAAAGCACGCAGAGCCGCGGCCAGGCGGUUCCGGAGAGCCCCUCCUCCUGCCAAUCCCUGGCGGGCAUCGGAAGAAAGUUGCGUCUGUCCGUGCGUGGCUGACGGUGGAUUCCACGGGAGAAGCCCAGGUGGUGGAGGCCGGCAAACAUGCCAUCAUGCGGAGGACAGGCCUGCCGGGCCGCGAUCUCCGGAUACUAGACCCGGUUUUGUCGUAUCCCUCCACUGUUUUGGGUCGUGAGCGGGCCAUCGUGGUUAAUUUGGAGCAUAUAAAAGCGAUAAUCACUGCCCAAGAGGUGUUGUUUCUGAAUUCAACAGACCCUUUAGUCACUCCUUUUGUUAAGAAGCUUCAAGGGAUCUUCCGCCAUCGUCAAGCUGAGAAGGCGCCUCAGGAAGCUGGAGGGGAUGGUAAUAAUGUGGAAUGGGAAAAUUCGUACAACUUGCAAGCGCCUCAACUGAUGGCUGUUGCUGAUCAUCAAAGUUUUCCGAGUACAAAUGAAGAGGGAAAUGCAGAUGGGGAGCAACAAGUCGCUGAGAAUGCACAUGGGCUGAAGCUUCUUCCAUUUGAGUUUGUUGCACUGGAGGCAUGUCUUGAGGCUGCUUGCAGUAGCUUGGACAACGAAGCAAAACGACUGGAGCAAGAAGCGCAUCCAGCACUGGAUAAGCUAACCUCUAAGAUCAGCACUCUCAAUUUAGAGCGCGUGCGGCAAAUUAAAAGCCGCUUGGUUGCAAUGGCUGGGCGUGUGCAAAAGGUGAGGGAUGAACUAGAGCAUUUGCUUGACGAUGAUGAUGAUAUGGCAGAGAUGUAUCUCACUGAUAAGCUUGAGCUGCAGCAGCUUGAAAACUCUUCUGCUUCUUCUAUAAAUGAGCAAGAUGGAAUAGUCGAAGAAGUGGUUCCCCCCUAUCUGGAGAAUAGGCAUGUGAAGCCUCUCGGCUACUUUAGUUUUGGGCAUAUGGCUCCUGUUGAAAACUUAAUGGGAUGUGGUGGGAAUUCCUUUGUUUCUGAUGCUGAUAUCCAGGAAACUGACGUCCAGCAGGAGCAGAACAUCGGUGAAUCUAAUACUUUUAGAAGACACAGUCAUCGUACUCAUACUAGCAUGCACAGUGCUACUAGCAAGAACCUUGAUGUGGAGGAGCUUGAGAUGAUCUUGGAAGCGUACUUUGUGCAGAUUGACGGCACACUGAAUAAACUAUCCACCCUGAGGGAGUACGUUGACGACACCGAAGAUUACAUCAACAUCAUGUUGGACGACAAACAGAACCACCUUCUGCAGAUGGGAGUCGUGUUAUCCACAGCAACAGUCGUGGUGAGCGCUUUCGUGGCCUUGACUGGUGUUUUCGGUAUGAACAUAACAAUCGAGUUGUUCGACAGUGACAAGGCUGGGAUGCCUGAGUUCCUCUGGACAGUUGGGGGAGGCACAAUGGGUUGUCUUUUCUUGUACAUAGCCGCAAUUGCAUGGUGUAAACACAAACGGCUAUUGGAAUGAGUUCUUAGAAACUGUGUUCUUGAGAUAUUAUUGCCUCUCACCGGCCCCUGCAUUGUCCCGAUAAAAAUCUACCGUUCUGUGAUAACUCAAAGGCAGAAACAAUACGGUCGAUCAAUGUUCCUAUCAUUUGUUUCUCUGUUACCAAGUUCUUGGUCUGGAUCAUUGUUCAUCUGUCCAACUAUGAAGUGAGAGCUUUUCCUGAGUUCUUUGCCUGAAUUUUGUCAUCAGGAGUUUUUGUUGCCAUGCUGCUUCCUUCCUUCUGGAGAUUUACUCCAUGUCGAAUGAACGGAAUAACAGGAAAAAAUUAUAUG